AUGGGCCACCCAACAGUGCACUUUGAUGUUCCCACCGCCGCCGGGCGGCAGAUAGUUUCCGUCCGAUGUUGUGGCAGAGACGAAGAAGCGAUCGUUUCUCCUCUCCGCGGAAGCAGUCGGGACCAACUCGCCGCAGCCCGUUCCGAUUCCGGGCCAGUCAUCGUUGUCUUCCUAGAUAGGGAUGGAAACUACUUCACGGACUAUGCUUUUCCAUCCCUGCCCAUCUCAAACAUCAACCAACUCAUGCUCAGCGUAUUGUCUUCCCUGUCAAGGCUUGAGGAGAUGCAGGUGGGAGGCACUGCAUCUGUACAAACGCUGCAGCCACCAGAUGUCCUGUCCUUGAAUGAAUUAUUCCACACCGCAUCAUUGGAGGAAUCGCCCACUUCAAUAUCCCCGUGCUCCAUGAGGGUCCGGGUAUUUAGUGAUUGGGGAAUCAGAUUUUACAUCAGGACUGACCACAGCGGAUUUUAUCAUACAUAUCCGGAUGUGGGUGGGCAGUUUCCUAGCUUAACAGAGGCUUACAGUGCCAUCGAUUGCUAUCUUCGUGAUCGUCAGGAUCCAACAAUGCACAUCGAUCCAUAUGAUCCAGAUUUGGUUUAUCGUGUGAAUGAAUCUACCCGUGAGAAGAUUAUACGCAAAAUUCUGUACUGGCCUGAUGGCACAAGGAAGUUGCGGUUGCAGUCACUGCCGGUUGAUGAAAUGCGUAGUUGGAUGCUUCAGUUGGUUCGAGCUUUGGUCGACAAAUAUAACGAUGAUCACAAUCUUUUAGGGGAUCUUGCAUAUGAACUCAAAGGUGUGGUGAGCUACCAUGUGUUUAAUCAGGGUGGGAGUCGUAGGAUGUACUAUCAUAUCAAUUUCACUACAAAGACCAAAGACAACAAUGACCUAUUAUUCUUUGCUGAGACUAUACGUGAACGAGAUUUGUUGGUGGUCAGCUGUAUCUGCAGGGUUAAUCCUUUUGACAAAGACUUGGGUUACUGCUAUCGUUGUUUAUCUGAAGUGAAGCACCCCAAGGAUGAUGCAUACGUUGGUGGUCACUCUUUCUUGCCCGGCACGUAUCAUUCUUAUGGACCAAGGGAAGAUGUGGGAGUAACUGCCGACCAACUGGAAACCGAGGAGGCCCAAGUUAGAUAUUCGUACAAGGACCCUGUCGAUCCAAGCUUCCUGGAGAAACUCAGGGCACCAACUGAAGUUAACUAUCCACCCCUGCGACCAGUCGAAGAAGCCCUUGCCUUUAUUUCCUCGUUCUGUAGAUAAGAUGUCUGCGGUUUGGUGCUGCUAAGAUACAA